AUGACGGAUUUACGGGUAGCUGUUAUCGUAUACAUAUUCUUGAACUUAUACCUGUCUAUAUUCUUUUAUGGUAGAUUUGAUUUAAGGUGGAAAAUUGGUGCAAAAAUUGUACCAAUUCACUGUGACAGCUCAAACAAUUUUCAGAUUACUCCAGAAGCCGCCUACAACAGUGCAGAAGCCAUGAACAUCAAAGUGAGAGGGGUGCUAAUCACAAACCCUUCCAACCCAUUAGGCACAACAAUCCAACGAUCAGUUCUUGAAGAGAUUCUCAACUUUGUCACUCGCAAGAACAUCCAUCUUAUCUCCGACGAAAUCUACUCCGAAUCUGUUUUCUCGCCGACCGAGUUCAUAAGUGUCGCAGAAAUCCUUGAAGCCCGAAAAUUUAAGGAUUCAGAAAGAGUUCACAUUGUCUACAGUCUAUCAAAAGAUCUCGGCCUCCCGGGUUUUAGAGUUGGCACAUUAUUCUCGUACAACGACAAGGUUGUGACAACAGCGAGGAGGAUGUCUAGCGUCACCUUAAUUUCUUCGCAAACACAGCAUUUGUUGGCUUCCAUGUUGUCUAACAAGGCAUUCACAGAGAAUUACAUCAAGAUAAACGGAGAGAGAUUAAGGAAGAGGUAUGAAAUGAUCAUUGAAGGGCUUAGGAGUUCUGGUAUUGAGUGUUUGAAAGGAAAUGCAGGGUUGUUUUGCUGGAUGAAUUUAAGCUCAUUGUUGGAUAAGCCAACAAGAGAAGGUAAAUUGGCUAUUUGGGACUCCAUGCUUCAUGAAGUGAAGCUAAAUAUAUCUCCAGGCUCUUCUUGCCAUUGCUCUGAACCAGGUUGGUUCAGGGUGUGUUUUGCUAACAUGAGUGAGCUCACACUACAAGUUGCAUGA